CAAUCCCUGGUCUCCCCUGGUCUCCUUUCCCAAUAGCAGGAUUUGCAGUUCCCAAACCUGCUGUGAUCUCCCAGCUGGAGCAAGGGGAAGAACCGUGGUUCCCAGAUCUGCAGGGCACUGAGGAAAGUGAGAUCUCCAGGGGCACUUGCACAGCACAGGGAGUGACUCCUGUCUGGAUUCUCUCUCUGUCCCAGCAGGCCAUCGGACGGUGAGUGAGACUGAGGGUGGAAACCCUCAGCAGGAAGGUCCUGAGCAACUGGAACCACUUGGGUCGGAAUUGGCAAGAUCUGAAGAGGAUGUUUCCCACAGUCAGUGUAGACCAAAAAUAGAGGAGAGAAGCCACCUAGUGGAGGCACUGGGUCAGGAUCCUGGGGAUGGUUUUCAGGACCUGAAAGAAAUUAUAAUCCAACCGAAAAUCCACAUGAGAGAGAGUAAAUACACAUGCACUGAGUGUGGGAGAUGCUUUGGGCAGAGCUCGGACCUUAUUGUACACCAGAGAACGCACACGGGAGAGAGACCCUACAGUUGCCUUGAAUGUGGGCAAAGCUUCAGCCACAACUCCAACCUGCUCCGGCACAGGAGGAACCACAUGGGGGAGAAACCCUUUAUCUGCCCUGAUUGUGGGAAAAGGUUCAUUGGUACCGCUGACAUCAAGAGGCACCAGAGAAUCCACACGGGAGAGAAACCCUACAAUUGCUCCGAGUGCGGGCAGAGCUUCAGCCGCAGCUCGAAUUUCCUGAGGCACCAGAGAACCCACACAGGGGAGAAGCCCUUUCAAUGUCCUGAGUGCAGGAAGAGCUUCCGAGAGAGAUCAGACAUCUACAGGCACCACAGAACCCACACAGGGGAGAGACCCUACCAGUGCCUCGACUGUGGGAAGGGCUUCGCUGUGAACUCAGACCUGAUUAGGCAUAAGAGAGUUCACACGGGAGAGAAACCCUAUCAGUGUCUGGGGUGUGGGAGGAGCUUCAGCCGGAGCUGCCACCUGAUUGCACAUCAGCAAACGUACAUGGCCUAUAAGGCCCCGAUGAACAGAGGGGGGAGUGAAAAACACAUUUGCUGAUCUUUUCAUAUGUCGGGGGAAUUCAGCUUUGGCGUAUCUGUCCGCCUGUCUCUGGACGCUUGUCCCUAGCUCCUCUCCCCCUCCACUACCACUGGCUGGCCCUACAAAUGCCACAUCUGCUCUCCUUUUGCUGGCCUUGCUGUGUCGAGGUUCCUUUCCGGGAUGUUUCUUUUGGGGUGAGGUGUUAGUGGGGGUAAGCCGGAGCGGUGUAGAGAUCUGAUGUCAGCUGGGUAUAGAGCAAUGCUUGCAACACAGAUCUGUCAACUGUGCUGCUGCAGCUGCUGGGAGGAUCCACAGGUUAGGCUGGGAGCAAGUGGCGUUAGGAGACCAGGAGAAAAUACUGUGGGGAAGGUCGAAAGGACUUGAGACUUGAUUUCACCACCCCAACCCCUGUAAUGACAGUGCACCCUGGAAGUAUUGGCUCACCUAGCCGCCACAAUCCAGCCAGACUCAACCCCUGGGCCAAGGUCCCCGCUGUGCUUUGUUCUGCCCAGCUUCCAGCCCCAGCUGCUACUCAGUAACUGUCUGCUGGGUGAGAGUUUGGGUAUCAGCUCAGCCCAUGGUUAGCAAGAGAGCCCAGAGGGUGCGCCCGGAUUAACAGGGGCCUCUCCCCACCUUGGAUGGAGCAGGGGAGAUGAGACCUGAGGGACUGAAUGUUUUCUCAGAGGGUCCCCACAUUAAAACAAUCUCAGGGCUGAUGGGCAGCUGGCUCCAGGGAGUGGCCUGGAGCCAUGGAUGGCCACAGUGGGCACGUUUCUUUGGGACCCUGUCUCUGUCUUACUUGGUUUGGAAGCUUCUCUGUGUUUUGGUCGGAUCAGUCAUGUGUUGCCUUUCCCCAGGUGAGUACAGAGAGGGGGCUUGAUUGCCCUAUCAGAGGGCUCUGGCUAUUGCUUAGGGAGAGGAGACUGCUUUUGCAUUACCUCUGCUCAGUCUGGGCAGAGUUGAGCUUCCUGGGUCAGAUGGUGCUUCAGUACCCAUGACCCAUCCCAAUGUACCCAAUCACCAUGUUGGAGCCCGGGCUGAGCAGCUCUGCUCCCCAGUGGGGUUUGUGCAGGGAGAGCCCUUCCCUAUCGCCCCUCUCUGCUGAGCCCGGGGGACUCUCUCCGGGGGCUGGAACCAGCCCAUGGGGCAGACCCGGGCUCUGCUGACACCAGCUCCUGAGCCGGAGCCGGAGCCUGGACAGGCUGCAGGAUAACGUUCCGGUUUCACUCCAGAUCAAACCGCCUGCCCGGGGGUCGGGGAUGGGAAAUGGCUGCAGAGCAGCUGGCUCAGGAUUUCCCAUCCCCGAGCCCAAUGUGAUCUCCUGGAUGGAGCAGAGGAAGGAGCUGUGGGCCCCAGAUCUGCAGGACUCUGAGGAACCGGAGCUCCUGAGGGAUGUCCGCACAGCAGGUGACGGUACGGGGAGUGAGAGUGAGGAGGAGACCGCUCAGCAGAAAGGUCCUGAACCAGUGGAACCACAUGGGGCGGUAUCGGGAACAGCCAAAGGGGACAUUUCCCAGAGUGCUGAGCAGGGAAACCCUCGAGGGACAGGGAAGAGCAGAUCCUCCCACCCGGGCAGAGGUGUCAAUCAGCUCAAAGACAUCGGGGAGCGGCCCUACCGAUGCGAGGACUGUGGGAAAAGCUUUAGCAGCAGUUCAGCCCUCAUCAUCCACCGGCGGAUCCACACCGGGGAGAGACCCUACAAGUGCCCCGAGUGCGGGAACAGCUUCAACCAGAACUCGGCGCUGAUUGCACACCGGCGCAUCCACACCGGCGAGAAGCCGUACGAGUGCCCUGACUGCGGGAAGCGCUUCAGCCACGGCUCCACCCUCAUCAAGCACCAGCGCACCCAUACGGGCGAGAAGCCCUACCGGUGUGAGGAGUGCGGGAAGUGCUUCAGCAUCCGCUCGACCCAUGUGCGGCACCAGAAGACCCACACGGGCGAGCGGCCCUAUGUCUGCGGGGAGUGCGGCAAGAGCUUCAGCGACAGCUCCUACUUCGUGCAGCACCAACGGGUCCACAUGGGCGACAUGCCCUACGCCUGCCGGGACUGCGGAAAGAACUUCAUCUGGAGCUCGGCCCUGCUCCGGCACCGGCGCAUCCACACCGGUGAGAAGCCCUACAUCUGUGGUGACUGCGGGAAGAGCUUCAGCGAGAACUCCACCCUGCUGCGGCACCGGCGCAUCCACACCGGGGAGAAGCACUACAAGUGCACCCAGUGCGGGAAGAGCUUCAACGACAGCUCCUCCCUCAUGCGGCACCAGCGCGUCCACACUGGGGAGCGCCCCUAUCAGUGCCCCCAGUGCAGCAAGAGCUUCGUGGAUAGCUCCACCCUCAUCUGCCACCAGCGCACCCAUACCGGCGAGCGCCCCUACACCUGCCCCGACUGCGGCAAGAGCUUCACCGAGAGCUCCACCCUCAUCACCCACCAUCGUGUGCACACGGGCGAGCGCCCCUACACCUGCCCCGACUGUGGCAAGAGCUUCAGCCAGAGCUCCAACCUUGUCACCCACCAGCGCAUCCACACUGGCGAGCGCCCCUACGCCUGCGCCCAGUGCGGGAAGAGCUUCUACCGCAGCUCGGACCUCAUCCGACACCACAGGACCCAUACGGGGGAGAAGCGCUACAGGUGCCCUAAUCCAAGUCCAGAUUGUCCCAUCCCCCAGAGGAAGGGAAGGGAAAUGUCUGCGGCAGAACUAGUGACCUUUGAGGAAGUGGCUGUGUAUUUCACGGAGGAAGAGUGGGCUCUGCUGGACCUGAGUCAGAGAGCAUUUUACUGGGGCGUCAUGCAGGAGAAUUAUGAGACUGUGACCUCGCUGGCAGGAUUUCCAAUUUCCAAAUCUGACAUGAUCUCCCGGCUGGAAUGUGAGGAGAAGCCGUGGGUCCCUGAUCUCCAGGGUUACGAGGAAAAAGAGAUCCUGAGAAACAUUCACACAGCAGGUAACAGGACGGUGAGUGGAAACAAUGAGGAAAAUCUUCAGCAGGAAGGUCCUGAUCAAGUAGAACCAUAUACGAUGGUAUCAGAAAGAGCCGAAGGGCAUGUUUCGCAGAGUCCUGAGCAGGGAGAAGCCCGUGAGAGGCAGCACAGGCCAGAGAGGCAGCAGAGAAACCAGCCAGGGGGUAGAUGGGGUAAAUCCAUUCAGAGGAGCAGAAGGGUAGAGGAAAUCAGAGAUAUUGUUCAACCGAAAAUCCCUGCUGGAGAGGGACCCUUCACCUGUAGUGAGUGUGGGAAGAGCUUCCGUUGGAGAUCCGUUCUUAUUAUUCACCAGAAAAUCCACAUGGGAGAGAACCCCUAUAAGUGCCCGGACUGUGAGAAGAGCUUCAGCAAGAGCUCAGAUCUCAAUCUUCACCAGAGAAUCCACUUGGGGCAGAAAUCCUACAUAUGCACUGACUGUGGGAAAAGCUUCCCUCAGUACCACCUCCUUACUUCCCAUCAGAGAACCCACACGGGAGAGAGACCCUACAAAUGCCCUGAGUGUGGGAAGAGCUUCAGUCAGAGCUCACACCUUGUCAUUCACCAGAGAACCCACACUGGGGAGAGACCCUACAAAUGCCUGACCUGCGAGAGAUGCUUCGGUGAUAGAUCUCAAUUUAAGACUCACCAGAGGAUCCACACGGGAGAGAAGCCCUACAAAUGCCCACAGUGCGAGAAAAGCUUCAGUCGGAACUCUUAUCUAGUUAUACACCAGAGAACCCACACGGGAGAGCGACCCUACAAAUGCCCCGACUGUGGGAAAAGCUUCAGUGACAAGUCACAUUUUAAUACACACCAGCGAAUCCACACAGGAGAGAUGCCCUAUAAGUGUCCUGAGUGUGGGAAAAGCUUCAGGAGGCGCUCAUACCUGGUUACACACCACAGAACCCACACGGGAGAGAGACCUUAUAUGUGCUUGACCUGUGCAAAAACCUUCAGUGAUCGAUCUCAUUUUAGAAAACACCAGAGAACCCACACGGGAGAGAGGCCCUACAAAUGCCCCGAGUGUGGGAAAGGCUUCUGUCUGCGUUCAGACCUUAUUAUACACCAGAGAACCCACACGGGGGAGCGGCCCUAUAAGUGCACCGAGUGUGGGAAAACCUUCACUCGGAGCACCUACCUUUUUUCACAUCAGAGAAUCCACACAGGGGAGAAACCGCAGAAGUGUUCUAACUAG